AGAAUUCUUAUCGGAUUAAUUAAUUUAUCUAAAAAAUAAUAAUCAGUGUGAUUUGGAAGGGGAAUAAGAAAAUUAAUAUUUUAAAUAAAAAUAGAAUAAUUUUUAAGGAAAAAAAUUGCUUGCUUUACGAUCUUUGUUGUUUUGCUGGCUUCUGAAGGUACAACAGAGUUUUCUCAGAUCCGAAGAAAAAGGUGAAGAAAAAAAUAAAUAACUACUAUCAUCAGUCAGGUUAAAAAAAAAAAAAAUUUGGCUCAAACAGUUUGAAGAGGCAGUACUGAAUUCGUGUGUUGCGAGCAAUGUAAAACAGUGUAGAUCUUGCUCGAACUCUGAUGAAUUGAAGUGGUUUUGGCGCUGCGUAUCAAUCUCUGUGUUUUUCAUGAUUAAUUAUGGAGGAUUGGUUGUGCAAAACGAAGAAGUUAGGGUUUUGAUCGGGAGGACUAGAGUUCGGUGUGUCGAAGCGAGUCAAAGUUGAUCAGAAGACCACUAUUUGCUUAGAGUUGGGGUUGCUCUGCUGCAUUAUCAAUGAUUUUGAGGAAGCUGAAGACGUGACCGAAGAAAAUGAAGCUUUACGGAUUAAAUUCUUCAUCGUCAAUUGUGUUGGAUUUUCAGUAUUGGUUUUGGUAAUUGAAGAUCUUUAGCCAAAGGAUUUUGUGAAAUUUGAGGUUUUUUGAAAAAAUUUCGAAGGAAGAUUUCCAGAAUUUAAUUCAAUUUUCCAGUUUUGACUUCAAGUACGCGGUUCAAUCUCUAUUUGGGAGAUUACUUUGGUAUCUCUGGUGUUCUUGUUCUUUGCUGACUGCAGAGCAUUAACUCUGAAACAAGCAUCAUCUAAGGAAGGAAGAAGGGGGUUUUAUGAAUUGAGAGUUGUUUGGUAAGUGUUAUACAAUCUUUGAUUCCGAUGAUUACGUUUAUAGAUUCGAAAGAAAAAAUGAAGGAAACUGAGAAAUGCUUAGAUUCCCAGCUAUGGCAUGCCUGUGCCGGUAGUAUGGUGCAAAUGCCUCCGGUAAAUUCCAAGGUGUUUUAUUUCCCUCAGGGCCACGCCGAACAUGCGUGUGGAAAUGUUGAUUUUAGAAAUUAUCCUAGGAUUCCACCUUAUAUGGCUUGUAGAGUUACUGCUAUUAAAUUCAUGGCAGAUCCUGAGACUGAUGAGGUUUACGCUAAAAUUAGAUUGAUUCCCGUUUGUGGUAAUGAGGUUGAUUUCGAGGAUGAUGGAAUUGUGGGGAUUAAUAGGUCGGAUACCCAAGAUAAACCGACAUCAUUUGCAAAGACAUUGACGCAAUCGGAUGCGAAUAAUGGUGGGGGGUUUUCAGUUCCUCGAUAUUGUGCAGAGACUAUUUUUCCUCGGUUAGACUACUCUGCGGAUCCCCCUGUUCAAACCAUCCUUGCGAAGGAUGUUCAUGGUGAAAUAUGGAAAUUUAGGCAUAUUUACAGGGGGACACCGAGGCGUCAUCUUUUGACAACAGGAUGGAGUACUUUUGUGAACCACAAGAAACUUGUAGCUGGUGAUUCAAUUGUGUUCUUGAGGGCAGAGAACGGGGAUCUUUGUGUUGGAAUUCGGCGGGCAAAGAAAGGAAUCGGGGGUGGAUCUGAAUCUUCAUCUGGGUGGAAUCCAGCUGGCGGGAAUUUUGUCACACCUUAUGGAGGGUUUUCAGCCUUUUUGAGGGAAGAUGAAAAAAAGUUAAUGAGAAAUGGUAAUAGUGGAAGUUCAAAUAGUAGCGGAAAUUUGAUGGGCAGGGGGGGAAUGAGGGCUGAGCUGGUUACCGAAGCUGCAACCUUGGCUGCGAAUGGGCAGCCCUUUGAGGUUGUUUACUACCCCCGAGCUAGUACCCCGGAGUUCUGUGUGAAGGCCUCACUUGUGAAGACGUCAUUGCAGAUCCGUUGGUGCUCGGGGAUGAGGUUCAAGAUGGCAUUUGAAACUGAGGAUUCUUCAAGGAUAAGCUGGUUUAUGGGGACUAUAUCAUCAGUUCAGGUUGCUGAUCCUAUUCGCUGGCCAGAUUCACCUUGGAGGCUUCUUCAGGUGACAUGGGAUGAGCCUGAUUUGCUUCAAAAUGUGAAACGUGUCAGCCCAUGGCUGGUGGAACUGGUAUCAAACAUGCCCGUCAUCCAUCUGUCACCCUUCUCACCACCAAGGAAGAAGUUGAGACUACCGCAACAUUCAGAUUUCCCUCUGGACGGCCAACUUCCAAUGCCAACAUUUUCCGGUAACCUCCUUGGGCCCGGCAACCACUAUAGUUGUCUUCCCGACAAUGCUCCUGCUGGCAUGCAGGGAGCCAGGCAUGCUCAAUAUGGCUUAUCUCUAUCAGAUAUCCACCUCAAUAAACUACAAUCAGGGCUGUUUCCGGCUAGUUUUCCACCAUUUGAUCAUGCUGCUAUCUCAACAAGACCUUCCAAUCCCCCAAUCACACAAAAGCCUAGCAGCAUUGAGAAUGUUUCUUGCAUUCUCACCAUGGGGAAUUCUAGCCAGACUUCAAAAAAACCUGACAACACGAAAGCACCUCAAUUCUUACUUUUUGGUCAACCGAUACUCACGGAGCAGCAGAUCUCUUUAAGCUGCUCUGGGGAUACAGUUUCACCAGUUGAUCGUGGAAAUAGUUCUUCAGAAGGAAAUGCGGAUAAGAUGACAAAUAUUUCUGAUGGUUCUGGUUCUGCACUUCAUCAACAAGGCGUACCAGAGCGCUCAUCCUGUGAACGGUUCCAAUGGUAUAAAGAAAAUCACCGUGAAAGUGAUAUUAACUUGGGGACUGGUCACUGUAAGGUUUUCAUGGAAUCAGAGGAUGUCGGUCGUACUCUUGACCUUUCAUUGCUUGGGUCUUAUGAAGAAUUGUACAGAAAGCUGGCAAGUAUGUUCGGCAUUGAAAGUUCUGAGAUGCUGAACCAUGUGCUCUACCAGGACAUGACAGGUGCUGUCAAACAGAUUGGUGAUGAACCAUUUGGUGACUUCAUGAAAACAGCUAGAAGGUUGACGAUCUUAAUGGAUUCAAGCAGCGACAACGUAGGAAUGUAGAGAAAAGAAAUAAAUCUCAAUUUCAAAUAUACAGCUUGAUGACCAAAUGCUUUGUUUCUAGCUGACUGCUACCUUGUUGAACAUAUGGGAGGAACUCCUUUAAUCCAAUCUCAAAACUAAGAAGAUAAACCAUCCCAUUUUGUUGUCAUUCUGCAAUUUAUUGAAUUUUGAAACUUCCUUUUGUGUGAUAUAUAUAUAUAUAUAUAUUUUCUGAA